AUGAAAUGAAAUAAUAUGAAUGUCAAUGUAUAAAUUUCUAAUUAUUUUGUUGUGACUUGACUCGUGAACCAAUUACCAAACCACAAAAUAAUAAACAUAAGUACCUACCUAUCUUACAUCUCGUGUGUUUGCGAUAUUCUCGUCAAGAAAUUCUUAAGUGCAAUAGAUAGUUUAUAAGAACUAUUUUAUAAAACUAAAUAAAUCACCAUGCAGUGUCAACUUUGGAUGGGCAGUUUGGAGCCGAACAUGACUGAGAGCUUUAUAUUGGCCGCAUUUCAUAGAAUGGGUUCAAGACCAUUAAAUGUAAAAGUUAUGAGAAAUAAGUUCACAGGUGAACCGGCUGGUUAUGCAUUCGUUCACUUUCAGACUGAUGAAGAAGCUAUUGACACAAUGCACAAAUUGAACGGCAAACCAAUACCGGGAACAUUUCCAGUUGUUAGGUUCAGACUUAACACAGCUUCAAGGGAAGCCAGAGCAAAUAUGCAAACAGAAAGAGAAUUUUCUGUCUGGGUCGGGGACCUCAGUCCAGAUGUUGACGACUAUUCACUGUAUAGGGUAUUUGCAUCAAAGUACUCGUCAAUUAAGACAGCAAAAGUAAUAUUAGACAAUGCUGGUUAUACAAAAGGGUAUGGCUUUGUACGAUUUGGUAAUGAGGAAGAACAACGGAAUGCAUUAUAUGCAAUGAAUGGGUACACUGGCCUUGGAACGAAACCCCUGAAAAUAUGCACAGCAGUACCAAAACCUAAAAGUGCUAUCACAACACCCAGCACUACAACUAGUACUUCUACAAAUGCUACUUAUACUUCUGGAGCGGAGUACAACCAAUAUUAUGAUCCGUCAGCCUAUUGGCAAAAUUAUUCAGCGUGGUCUGGCUACUAUGGGCAGGGGGACGCGAGUGCAACGGUGCAGGCGGCCCCGGUAAUUGACCCCGCGCAGGCCGUGGCUGCUAAAGCUCAGAGCGAUGAAUUAGCGCUUGUUGAACACAAACGACCGAUCGACAUUGAUGAGAUGAAUCAAGAAUUCCUGAACCCUGAGCUAUCGCUGUGGGAUGGACUAGAGUCGUCGCAGUGGUUCCCGCACGAGGUUAUAGAGGCGCAUUAAGAUAUGACUUAAUUAAAUAGGUUUUUAAAUUAAAUAAUAAUUGAAUAAAUCUUCUUUAAUAUAAAAA